GGAGCAAUCGCCACUCGCCUUCUCCCCAGUGGACGCGUGGCCCUGUUGGAGGUGAAUUCAGGUAGAAGCGGCGUCCCACUUUGGAGGCCCUUUCCCUGGCGGCGGAGGAGGGGCGGCGCUUCAGCUCUCCCUCCCUCUGCUCCUCCCUCCACCGGGAAGCCUUUCUGGCCUCGGGCUGGAGGAAGGAAGCGAAGGCGUGGGAGCCGAGCAGGAGCUUCGUCUUGGCAGAAUUCCAACUUGAGACGUUCAACCAUGAAGAAAAUAUUGGUAGUGGAGCCUGUUAUUGCUAUCUACAUGCUUUCAUAUUCUCUGAACACACCCUUGGUACAGCAAUAUUUGUACAGGAGAAUCUGGGAAGAGACCACCAACUCUACCUUCAUAGAUGAUGACAACAUUUCCCAUUGUGGAGUGAAUCAAAGUGAUCCAACCUACUUGGUACAAAAGGAAGUCCAGGAAAAGGCUGCUCUUUUGACCAUGAAGGUGGGGUUAAGUGGGGCUAUUCCUAGCAUUGUGAUGGCCUUUAUCCUUGUAUCCAACGGGGAACGCUGUGGACGCAAAAUAUCCUUGGUGCUACCUCUGUUGGGGAGUCUCAUUUACAACAUCUUCUACAGCAUGAUGUCCUAUUUCUCUCUGCCUCUUGUUCUACUGUUUCCAUUGGUCUUCGUUGAUGGAUUGUGUGGAAGUAUGGCAACUUUUCUUGGAGGUGCAUUUGCCUAUGUAGUUGACCUUUGUGAGACUCAAAAGCAGAAGAUCAUUCGAAUAGCUAUGGUUGACUUAAUCUUUGGACUUGCGUCUGGAUUGGGAGGAUUGACCUCAGGCUAUAUUAUAAAGGGAAUUGGCUUUACUUGGACCUUUGCAGUAAUUUCUAUUCUUCAGAUUAUUAACAUUUUCUAUGUUUCAUGUUGCUUGGGCGAUACAAUACAAGUGUCAGAGUUCCGGCCACAGUCGCUGAAAGAAGGCCUUAAAGAAACCUUUUCUGGAGUAUACAUACUCUGUAAAUCUUCUUCCUGCAGGAAGCGAACUUCCAUCAUACUAUUGCUUGGUACAUUCAUGACUUACUUGUUCACAAUGUUUGGAGGAACUUCUCUUUAUACACUCUAUGAACUGAAUUCUCCACUCUGCUGGAAUGCAGUCUACAUCGGAUAUGGCUCAGCAGUCUCCACCUGUGCCUCUGUGGCUGGUUUCAUAGCAUUAUUUUUACUUGCACGAUUCCUGAAAGAUAUUUACAUGGUUUACAUGGGAAUCUUUUCAUACAUCAUUGGAGCAACCAUGGCUGCUUUUGCUACAACAACAUUGUUGAUGUUUUUAGUGAGAGUGCCGGCAGUGCUACUUUUUGUACCUAUUCCAAUGCUUCGGGCCAUGUUGUCCAAAAUAGUUCUUCCUCAAGAGCAAGGAGCCAUCUUUGCUUGCAUUGCCUGCUUGGAGAUUGUGACUGGGAUAACUGCAGGUGUUGUUUUUAAUACUAUCUAUGCAAAAACUGUAGCUUGGUUUCCAGGCUUCAGUUUCCUCUUUUCAGGUGCUUUUUGUAUAGUUCCACUUGGCAUGCUGAGCUGUCUUAUGUUUACUAGUUGGCGUGAAGAGAACUUAGUGAUCCUUAUAAAUGAAGAAGACUCUCUUGAUGAGAAUGCUGUCAGCUGAGUAGAGAAUGCAUUUUAAAACUGGUCAUCUCAUGUUCUUGUAGAAUAGCUUAACCUCUUGAUUGUAGUGCCCCAGGUAAAGUGCAAUAUGAUGUCUCAAUUGCUAGAUCUCUAUAAAGAUCAGUUUACCUGUGUUUGGGGCAGUUUAGAUGCCCUGAAUAUAGACUACAAUUUAAAGGAAGAGUAAGACCACAAAACCUUACUUUUUAUGCUUUGCCAAAGGGAAUAGGAAGUGUCCAGUGUUCGUGGCAAUGGUGACAGGCUUAGAAUUGGAUCUCUGGUGUCUUCAUGAGGAUCACAUAAUCUGCACACACAGAUAUAUUGUAAUAUACCUAAUGACAUACAAAUGGUUGAAAAGGCAGUAGACUGCACAGGGAGAAAUAACACAUCUGAAAGAAAAUUAAAUAAUAUUAUUUUUUGCCUUGUUUCAUAAAAGAAAUGGUGAUUUUAGGUCUUCCUGUUGAAAUCAGGGUAAUGGGAACCUGUGUAUUAACUGGAAAUUCAUUGGUAUGCCCCACGUGCACUU